AUGAUUAAAGAGUUGGUUACAAAAGGUCCAAAAAGAGAUAUGGAUGUUAAGGCCCCCGUGCAUAAAUUUGGAAGACAUUUUUCUAAUACCAUAAAGGGGCAUCCGAAAGGUGGGUUGGAUGAUGAGGGUUAUAAGGAUUGGAGACAUGCUAGUGGUAGACUUAAAAAACAUGAAGUUGGUUUAGAACAUUUCAAGAAUAUGAAUGAAUGGUUUGAAUUGCGUCAAAGGUUGAAAUGCAAAGAAACAAUUGACAAAGUGGCAUAUGAGCAAUUUAAAAAAGAAAAAGAUUAUUGGAAACAAGUCAUUAUACGGAUUGUGGGGCUUGUGAAAUUUCUUGCAAAAUAUGGCUUAGCUUUUCGUGGGACAAAUGAGAAGUUGUAUCAAAAAGGCAUUGGAAACUUUUUGGGUUUGGUUGAAAUGUUGGAAGAGUUUGACCCGAUUAUGAAAGAACAUGUGCGCCAUGUUUUGAAUGAGGAGUGUCAUGUACACUUUCUUGGCCACAAUAUUCAAAACGAGUUGAUACAAUUAUUAGGGGAUAAAGUUAGAAUCGAAAUCAUCAAGAAGGUUAAGCAAGCAAAGUAUUACUCCAUCAUUCUCGAUUGCACGCCUGAUACAAGUCACCAAGAGCAAAUGUCCAUAAUUGUGAGGUACGUGAAUUUUAACUCUAGUUCUAUGACCGUUGAGGAAUCAUUUUUAGGUUUUUUGGUUGUUAAUGAUACCACGGGAUUAGGACUUUUUGAAGUUACAUGUAAGGAAUUAGAGUCGCUUGGUCUUGAUAUUGGUGAUAUUGGUGAUAUGCGUGGUCAAGGCUACGAUAAUGGGGCAAACAUGAGAGGAAAAAACAAAGGAGUUCAAACUAGAUUUUUAGAAAAAAAAUCCUAG